AUGGCUGAGCAAGAGGAAGCGGUGCCAGAUUGCAGCCAUACGAUUGAAAGGGGAAGUCAAAGUGUGCGCACUCCACUCAGCACAGGACACGAGAAGGGAGCCAAGUCGUCAGCACAUGGUGCCGAACCUUUUGUCAUUUCGGAUGGAUAUGGUGGAGGAGGCGGUGGUGGUGGUGGUGGUGGUGGUGAUAAUAAAGUGCUACCACUCCCCAUCAAUCAGCGCCACAUCAAUGGUUGUCGUUAUGACAGCUUGCGGUCCGUCUUAAGGCAAAGCGGCAUGGCUUAUGAGGGUGCCUACGGCGAACGCGCUAGAAUGGUGGCCAAAGCUGAGAAGUGGUGCAUGAGGUGGAGGUGGAGAGAGAGAAAGAGAACUCACACUACUGAGAACGAGGUCGGGUGCGCCGUGCAGUCGUCGGUAGUGGUUGUGAAUUUGGAGCAUGUCUUCGGCGAAUUCCACCGACGACUGUUUCGAUGGUCGCUGAAAAAGGAAAUCCGAGUGAGGCGUCCAGCUGCGUGA